AUGGCUGCCACUGCUUCGGCCCCUCCGCAUCUCUCCUCUCCGGCUCUUGGAGUUGCCGACCACGAGGACAGUAUCAUCUCCAGCCCCCUCAGCGAGGUUGACACGAAAGAUGAGCACGACGAAGAUAUUGAACACAUGCACCUCGACCAUGAAGACGAGGAAAGCGUCAGGCGUAGUCCUAGGAAGAAACCCCAGGCUACCUCAGACUCUGACAGCGUCCUCUCCGACGCACACUCUGACGUUGCCUCGGAUGGCAAUGUCACAGAAGCCGAGACCGAGAGACUUUACGACACGCCGAAACACCAGAGGCAAAGAGACGUGGUUGUAGAUCAGUUUAAUGAGGGUCAGGUUUAUGAGCGCACCCCCAGCAAGCUUCGCAGGACCGCCAAUCUGCACGACCACGAAGACGACGAAUCUGCCAUGGAUGACGACGAUGCCUCCAUCGGCUCCCCCACAGUUGGUGGAGACUCGCCGACAAAACAUGCGACGACACACAACGUGGAUGUGGAAGACGACCACAAAAACGACAUUCAAGAGCGCAAGCGUAAGCGCUCACCUGCUGCCGACCAGUCGGAAACAGAACAGCCGCUUAGAAAACGAGCCAGUUCGGAGCAUGUGUCUGGCGUAAAUACCCCACAGCAACUCGAAGAUACGACUUUGCAUGACGAUGUAGCCACUCCUGCAAAUGGAAGCAGUGGUACCCAUACACCCGCGGAAGACACUGAUGCCUCACCAAGGAAAAAGUCUUCAAAUCGCGAAACUGAUCUGGCAGAACGCAUCUCGCGUGUGGCUAAGAAGAACACGCGCGGAUCUAAACGAAAGGCAGCGGCAGCGGCAGCAGAUCUCGACCAUGAUACCGAUAGUGGAAGUCAUGACGGUGCGCGCGAUAGCGCUAGGGGAACAGACGUUGAUAACCACGGUGACGAAGCUGAAGUUGAAGCCGAAGCUGAAGCUGAUGCAGAUGAAGAAAUCGACUCGGUCACUGCACAUGACGAAGAGUUGGAACGCAAACACGCUGCUUUCAAAGACUGGACAGUUAUUGAGGAAAUGUUUGGUGUAUUUCGUGAUAGGUUGUACAAAGAUCGGCUUCAAAGGCUUGAAGAGGAAGAACAGUCUUUACUUUCUAGCUCGCCAACACAUCCUGAAUAUCUCAACAUGAAGCAGUGCUUAGAUGAUCGGUUGGAACAAAAGCUGCGUGAGAUCAAUAACGAACACGAAUAUCGCGUUAAGGCCCACGAAAGACGAUCCGUUGCUCAGCGGGCACAAAUAUGGGGCCAGUACUAUCAAGCCGUCCGCGAGAAGAGAGAAAAGACGUUGGAAACACUCAACCAAGAGUGGUACGACAUCCAGACGGCAAGGCGAAGCGCGCAUAGCUUGCAGGAUUGUGGCCUACUUUAUCCCAAGGAUCCCGCGCAGCGAGUUCGAAAUGCGAUUGCGUAUAAUACCGAAGUCUCAGCACUGGCUACUAUUGCCAAAUACGAAGGAUUUCCUGCUGGUCCCGAAAUGACGGGAGCAACACCGUCAGAGCUUGAGGAUGACCUGGCUGCUAUUGAGCGAGCCAAACGACCACGACACAAACCGGCAAACCAACGACGCGAGGAAUACUAUGCUCAGCCAUUCGACCGCCUCGGUCCUGCAGGCGAGCAAUUCCUUAGAGAGACACCGUGGGCCAACCCAAACCACCUAAUUCACAAGAUGCACCCUACGACUGGACCCGAGGCGCAACCAGACGAUAUGGCUAGCCGUGGUGCGCAACAGGUAACUGGCCAUCCAGGCGUCGACCUAAAGACAAGCUUGGGUGCUGCCGCUCAAAUUACACAGCAGUCCCCGAUCUCGGCACAUCUAUCAGAAUCGCCGGAGCUGACCCGGACAAUGCUUAGCCCAGCCCAACAGGUGAAGCGGGUUGGCAGCCUCCCAGGCUUGGGUCGCGGCACAAAAACGGCAGCAACAUAG